GCUAUGCUUUAAGAGGGGAUGGGUUUCAACUUCCAAAAUUAAAUCAUGCUGGGAUUCUGGGAGAUAAAAUUCACUCCCCUCAAAGUACCUUACCUGGGGAAUUGUGAGAGUUGAAGUCCACCAUCUUAAAGUCACCAGUGUUGGGAGAUACUGUGUCAAGGAGAUGAGAUAGUUAACAAUUUUCACCCCUUGUCAUUCUCCCUGUUUCUUCCCCACAUUUGGCACUGUUCCACCCGAUAUUGUCCACCCAAAUGUCUCUCUUCCUCCUUUCAUAUCCAAAAUCACCAAAUCCCCAUGGAAACGUUUGCACUGUGAGAGACCCACAAAAUGUGUGGGCAUGGGGGAACGCAACAUUGACUGUAUUCUUUUUCCCUUUUCUUUUUGUUAGAUUUUAUCCACUGCCUUCUAUGAUGGUCGUUUCAAUAUUAUUUUUAAUGUUUCUAAGCCACCCAGAGUUGUUGGAUACAAGAUGGGCAGCAAACAAAUUUCCUAAAUAGAGAAAUAAAGCAUUUAUACAGUGGCCUUCUAUAUUUAACCAAGCAUUGAUUGCACUGUAAACUUUUCAACCCAAAAAAUAAACUCUUCCCAUUUCUUCAAGCUAGGUGUGCAGACUAUUAUCAGUGGGGUUAAUUUGAAUGUCACGAUAAUGCAGUGGCCGUUGGUUGGUGUAAACAACCUUGUGAAGCUCAAAAGUAGCACUGUGCUUGCCAGAUUUCUUGCCUUUCUUAGCAACUUUGAAUUAUGUUGGCCUUGGAUAAAGGAUUUAAAUUAUAUUUUUCAUGAACUCUACAGGGAAGUGUGGGGGAAAUGGCUAUUUUUCUGUUUUAACGUUUCAUGUAACUUCUUGAGAAGAAGUAAAGAAAUAAAUGAGGAAAAAAAUAAUGCAGUGAUCCAUCCUUUUGUGAUCUCUUUGUGUUGUUGUUUUAAGCGGCAUUGUAGUUGAUUGUUCAAAGGUCCCCAACCCCCGUGCCAGUACUGUACCAGUCCAUGACCUGUUAGAAACUGGCCUGCACAACUGGAAGUGAGGAAUGGGCAAGCAAGCAAAACCAACCCGUCCAGGUCCAUGAAAAAAUUGUCUUCCACGAAACCAAUCACUGGUGCCAAAAAGCUUAGCCACUGCUGGAUUAGAGGUCUCAAAUUUGCUGUCUGUAAGCCACACCAUCUCUCUGAGUAUUUUUUUUUCCAGAUUUUAACAACCUUGCUCUCUCCAUGCUGAUUUUGAAAACAAAUUGCCUGCCCAUUCCGAACGGAAAACAAAUAUUAGUAUUCUGGUUCAUGGAAAACAUUGCCAGCUAUGUCCCCAAAUUUUAAAUCACCUUUCUCUCUUUCUCAAAAUCCAGCUUUCCUAAUGAGGACGAUAGCUAGACUGCAGAAAUCAAGAGAGCAACAUAGAAUUUUCUGUACCUGUGAGACCCAAGCUUGGUUUGGAUUUUUGCAACCCAGACCUAGGUUAGAUGUGAAUAAGACUCUGUUGUUUUGAUCUGACUUAAAAGUCAGGCUUGUUGUUUUAUUUCUUUUUUAUGUAUUUAUUACAUUUUAAAAACUGCCCAAAGAGAGGUUUUCUUUAUUGAUUAGAGCAGUGUUUCUCUACUUCAACUUAAAUCUGGGUGGAUGUCAACUCCCAUGCUGGCUAGGGAAUUCUGGGAGUUGAAGUCCGCACAGGUUUAAAUGAACCCCAGUAACACUGGAUUAGUGAAAGACCUAUCAUUUAAAGCGCACCAAAUAUCCCACUGAGCUAAAACUUCUGUUUGAGUCUCCUCUUAAAACUCAUCAUAGAUAUAAUAACCGGUAUAUCUUUCUUUUCAGGGCCUGAGUUCAACCCUGUGACACAGACUUGAGGUACAAGGCCCAGCUAGACUUCAAAUCUUAGCAGUGGUGUUUCCAUGCCAACGUCCAGCCUGUCCUGUGUCUUGCCUUUAUUCCAGAACCCACUGUGUUGGCUGGGCUUGUUCUGAGAGAGGACCAGUUGCUUCGGUAACCAGAGAGUAGCCAGGACUCUUCCAUGUUGUCGUGGGCACCAUGUUGAACCCUCAUCGCCAGUCUGUGCUGACCAAUGCAUGUAUCAAGCCCUCGGUGGACCCCAUCACCCGGACCCCUGGCACCAUCUAUGAACCAAAGGGGCAGGUCCGACUUUUGGGUCUGCUUUCAGAAAACACUCCAUCGCAGCAGGAGGACUACCUGGAUGCUGGUGAUGGAAUGCUCAUCUGUAUGAAACGUGCUAAGAAAAAAGCCCUUCGCCCCCUCUUCAAAGGCUGCUGGGAAUCCGAACAAGAGGUCCCCGAUGUCAGCGAAGCCUCAGAUGCCGACCCCGAUCAAGACGUAAACAGGCGAGUCGUGUCAGCUACCCCUCUGGAGCAGAGCCAUGAACCUCCGCCUCCCGAAACCCCCAAAAUAGCCUCUCGCCAAGGUUCCUUCCCCUUUCACUGGAUGUGGGAGAGUUUUUCCAUCCAAGGCCAGACCAUCUGCCAAGACCAGGUUUUGGAUAAGACCAAGAAGCUGACCUUGCCACGCACUGCGGCUGCCCCGCCCCGGGAGACCCCUUACAACCCUGACGCCAUCUUGGGCUCCCCAGUUCCCAAAGAGAGCCUCUGCUCGGGAGUCCGCAAGUCUUCCAGAACUCCCGAGGUCCCUUGCAGCAGGCCCCAGAGGUACUUGCCGCAUAUGGCCUUGGUUCCUAAAAGUUCUCUCCUGCCCCUCUUCUGGAAGAUGGAAGCCCGGUCAGAAGCUCGGAAGCGGCAGCUGCGCCGGGAACGUCGCCAUUGGUUGCAUCUCACCCAGCAGCUCUUGAACCUGGAAGCGGGGCAGCGCCCGUCGCGAGAAAAACAUCUCUCGUUCGAGGAGUUGGAAGAAAAACUCCGAGCGGAGAUGCUCUGCUUAGCCACGGAGCCCGAAGAGCCCGUCCCUCAAAAGGAGAAAAGGAAAUCCAAGACCCGCAGCUCAACUCCCAAGGAGGAGCUGACCUUCAAGCCGGUCAUCAAUCAGAAGGUGCCCAACUUCAAGCAUCUGCAAAAGCGCUUCCAAGAACAGCUGGAGCACAAGAAAGAGCAAGGAAAACUGACUGUCUGCAAGCCGUUCCGCCUUCAUUCCAGCAGCUCUCAGCCUCUUUCGGAAGACGAGGAAAAGAAAGACCAGGAAGAUUUAUUUCAGGACUUCCGGCGGCUUUGGAGCAUACACUGGAGGGCGCAGUCUUGUCCAGAUUUUGAACCGUCAUUGGCUCCUCAAGUGAUUCCCAACAAGACUUCUGAUAAAAGACAGGAAGCUAACAGGUUGCUUUUGCUGGAAUGGGAACGUCGAGAACAGCAGGAGAAACACCGGGCUGAGCUGCGCAGAUUGAAGGCGCAGCACAUGCAGCGGGAAGUGGCCAAAUGCUUGGCAACUUACCGUAAUAAAGGAUGCUCCAUGUCGGUCGAGAGAAGGCGGGAAGAACUCAAGAAGCAAGAGAAACAGCGCAUGGAGGAAUACAUGAUGCAGCUGCGGGAGAUGCAGGAUCGUGUAGAGAGCCGCCCGUAUCUGUUUGAGAGAGUCAUGCAGACAAACGCCCGCCAGGCUGUGGAGCGCCGUUUCUCAAAAGUGUUGGCCGCCCUGGGCAUCGACGAAGAGAUGCUAUGGAAGCAUGCCGCUCGGCAGACUUUUGGCCAACUUGGCAUCAAAGACAUAUAUCAGAGCACCGAGUCCUUAGAAGACUUCCAAAGCUCGAUCUGAGAGGAAGAGAGGAUGGAUAGAGGAAGUUAUUUGGACCUUUGCCUCCUGAGCGCGUAAUCCUAGACCAUCUAAAAAUAAAUCUUAACGUUGAGAAA